CUUCACAGUAGCAACAAACAAACAAUGGCUUCCAAAUCCAUCAACUUGAUCAUCUCCAUCGUCGUGCUCGCCUUCGCAACUCUUUGCUUCUCCCAGAGUAGCAACGGAGGCUCUCUCUCGCCACAGUUCUACGCCCGGUCAUGCCCACAAGCCCAUAAAAUUGUACACUCCGUUGUCUCCAGAGCCGUUGCACGAGAGCCUCGUAUGGCUGCCUCACUACUCAGGCUUCAUUUCCACGACUGCUUCGUCCAGGGAUGUGAUGCAUCUCUGCUUUUGGACUCUGGCAAUGGCAUAGUCAGUGAAAAGGGCGCUGUCCCGAACAACAACUCUGCUCGGGGGUUUGAUGUCCUCGAUCAGGUCAAGUCGGCCCUCGAGAAAGCUUGCCCUCAGACAGUUUCUUGCGCUGACAUCAUAGCUCUUGCUGCCAGAGAAUCCACUGUUCUUGCUGGUGGGCCUAGCUGGGAUGUUCAGUUGGGGAGAAGGGAUUCAAGAAGUGCAAAUUUCAGCGGCGCCAACAACAACAUUCCUGCUCCGAACAACACAUUCCAGACCAUCCUCUCCACGUAUACACGAGUCGGCCUAGACAUAGUUGAUCUCGUGGCACUGUCCGGUAGCCACACCAUAGGGAACUCGAGGUGCACGAGCUUCAGGCAGAGGCUGUACGGGCAGCCCGAUUUCACCAUGGACCAAAACUACGCAGCCAGGCUACGCACAGGAUGCCCCCGGUCAGGUGGAGAUCAGAAUCUGUUCGUGAUGGACUUCAUCACCCCAGCAAAAUUCGACAACAACUACUUCAAGAACAUACUCAGCUCCGAGGCCAUGUUGAAUUCGGAUGAAGUCCUGGCGACGCGUAAUAAAAUGUCGUUGGGGCUGGUGAGGAAGUUUGCUGCCAGCAACGAGGCUUUCUUUCAGCAGUACGCUAAGUCUAUCGUGAAGAUGGGGAGUAUAUCUCCACUCACAGGCUCGAGGGGGGAGAUUCGGAGGAACUGCAGAGCUGUCAAUACUUAAAAUAUCCGAGUUUGGCUAUCCGGUUAUUAACAAAUAAGAAGAUAUGUUUUUUGUUGUGUUUGAUGUGCUGUUGAGGGAAGCUUGAUUGUUCUGUAUAACAUCUGUGGACCUCUUACUCGAAUAAUAUAUAGACUACUUUCUCUAUGAGAGAAGCAUAGAUGUAUGGUUUUAAUCUUCGUAUUCACU